AUGGCUCCCGUUGUCGCUGCAUCCAAGCCCGCUGCAGCAGCAUCGUCACGCCUGCAAGCGUUCAAGAGCCUCGACUUUCUCAACCAGGCCGACACGCUCCUGACGCUGUCCAUCCUCGGUCUUGCUGGGCUGCUUGCCUUCUUGGUCCGCUUGUUCGCCGUCAUUCGCUUCGAGUCGGUCAUCCACGAAUUCGACCCUUACUUUAACUUCCGCUCGACAAAGUACCUCGUCGAGGAGGGCUUUGCCAACUUUAACAACUGGUUUGAUGACAAGGCUUGGUACCCGCUUGGCCGCAUUGUCGGUGGCACCAUCUACCCUGGUCUGAUGGUCACUGCCGCCAUCAUCCACAACUUUCUGCAUGCCAUCAACAUUACGAUCGACAUCCGCAACGUGUGCGUCUUCAUUGCACCGCUCUUCUCGGGCUUCACGGUCGUCGUCACCUACUAUCUGACCAAGGAGCUCCGUGACAAGAGCGCGGGCCUCGUCGCCGCCGUCAUGAUUGCCAUCGUCCCCGGCUACAUUUCGCGCUCGGUUGCCGGCUCGUACGAUAACGAGGCCAUCGCCAUUUUCUGCCUCCUGCUCACCUACACGCUGUGGAUUAAGGCAGUCAAGACUGGCUCGCUCUUCUGGUCUGGCUUGUCGGCUCUCGGCUACUUUUACAUGGUUUCCGCUUGGGGUGGUUAUGUUUUCAUCAUCAACCUCAUUCCGCUGCAUGUGCUCACUCUGCUGCUGACUGGCCGCUUUUCUCACCGCGUCUAUGUGGCCUACUCGACCAUGUACGCCCUGGGCACGCUUCUCUCCAUGCAAAUCUACUUUGUCGGCUUCCAGCCCGUCCUCACGUCCGAGCACAUGGCUGCCCUCGGCGUUUUCGGCCUCGUCCAGCUCACCGCCUUCACCAACUAUGUCCGCUCCAACCUGUCGCCCGAGCAGUUCAACGCUCUGUUCCGCUCGGUCAUUCUCGUGAUUGGUGGUGCCUUGUUGGCUGUCGGCGCCGUUCUGACUGCUUCGGGCAAGAUCGCCCCCCUCACUGGCCGCUUUUACUCGCUGCUCGACCCCACCUACGCCAAGGAUAACAUUCCAAUCAUUGCCUCCGUCUCUGAGCACCAGCCGACGACCUGGGCCUCGUUCUUCUUUGACCUGCAGUUCCUCUGCAUCCUCUUCCCCGUCGGCUUGUACUACUGCUUCCAGGGCUUGACUGAUGCCAACAUUUUCAUCAUUCUGUACGGUGUCACCAGCAUCUACUUUGCCGGUGUGAUGGUCCGUCUGAUGCUCGUCCUCGCGCCCGUCGCUUGCGUGCUCGGCGCCAUUGCCAUUUCCACCACUCUCCAGGCCUUUAUCAAGAACAUUGACCUGUCGGAGCCGCUCGUCAUCUUUUCCUUCUCCUCCUCUGCCUCUGGCGCCUCUGCGCCGGCCAAGAAGGAGAAGUCGAGCACUGGCGCUCAACUCAACUACCGUGGCCGCUCUGAGGUUUCCAUCAUUGCCGUGGCCUUCUUGACCCUUAUUCUCGGCUCGUACGUCUUCCACUCGACCUGGGUCACCUCCGAGGCGUACUCGUCCCCUUCGAUCGUUCUUGCCGCUCGCGGCUCUGGCGCCGACCGCGUCAUUUUCGACGACUUCCGUGAAGCCUACUACUGGCUCCGCCAAAACACCCCCAAGGACGCCCGCAUCAUGUCGUGGUGGGAUUACGGCUACCAAAUCACCGCCAUGGCCGAUCGCACCGUCCUCGUCGACAACAACACCUGGAACAACACCCACAUCGCCCGCGUUGGCAAGGCCAUGGCCUCCGACGAAGAUACUGCCUACGAAAUCAUGCGCGAGCUCGACGUUGACUAUGUCCUCGUCAUCUUUGGCGCCCUCACUGGCUACUCUUCGGACGAUAUCAACAAGUUCCUCUGGAUGGUCCGUAUCGGCGGCUCGUGCGAUCCCACCAUCAAGGAGAAGGACUACUUUUCCACCAACGGCGAGUACCGCAUUGAUCGCGAGGGCUCUCCCACCAUGCUCAACAGCCUCAUGUACAAGCUGUCGUACUACCGCUACGGCUCUGUCAUGACAGAGUACAACAAGCCCUCUGGUUACGAUCGCGUCCGCAACGCCGAAAUUGGCAACAAGGACUUUGAGUUGACU